CCGUUCACGAUUUACGUUUCCUCUCCUUUGCAGACUGGUGGUUUGAACUUGAUCCAUUCGUGAACAUGCCUUCUUUCCGACUUCAUAUUCCAAAAGACCGAAGGAUCUGUGCAAUUUACCAACCCACCUUUGGCAUGGUGCACACCUCUUGCUCAGACUCCUCAGAGAAUCUGGUGACACUUUGCGAAGCUGGCCUUUUCCCGACUCCCCCAUUUCGCAUACAACCAAGGAUCUUCACUCCAUCUUUGGACAACAAGGGACGUGCUCUGAUUGGCUACUGCUGUGAUAACCCUGACGAUCAAGUGAUGGACCCUUCAUCAGGACUGGAGCCACGAUGCGCUAAAGCUUGCAAUAAUAUCAGAAAGAUUAAAAAACAGUUCAUAAAUAAUGAAUGACAAAUCAAAUGGAUAAAUCAAGAGGUCAUACCCGUAAGCCAGACAACAUUUUUCAGUACUCAUGAUACUCGGGCGUUAGCACAAGUGGAACUAAUAAGAUAAUGUUUAAAAUUUGAUUUAUUCAGUUCAAUUAACACUACAUAAUGGAAAAGCAAAGACUGUUCGGAGACCGAUACACAUUGGCCCGUAUUCUGAAGUCAGGUUUAACUUAGACCAUGGUCUAACUGUGCUAAAAUUUAA